AUGCACACUGGGGAAGUCAAGAAGGGUGUUCCACAGAAGGUUUUAAGGUACUUUCCAAUAAUCCCUCGUCUGAAAAGGAUGUUCAGAUCGGAGAAAGUGGCUGCGGAUUUGAGAUCGCAUUUCAAUAACAAGAGCACUGACGGGAAAUUGCGCCAUCCAGUAGACUCAGUGACAUGGAAGUCAAUGAAUGACAAGUAUCCUACUUUCGCAGCUGAGAAGAGGAACUUGCGACUUGGGCUCUCUACUGAUGGGUUUAAUCCCUUCAACAUGAAGAACAGCCGAUACAAUAGUUGGCCUGUGUUGCUGGUUAAUUAUAACAUGGCUCCUGACUUAUGUAUGAAGGAGGAAAACAUCAUGCUUAGUUUGUUGAUUCCUGGACCGGACCAACCUUGUAAUAGUAUAGAUGUUUACUUAGAACCUCUUGUAGAAGAUUUAAAUCAUUUGUGGUCUAAAGGCAAGAUAACUUACGAUGCAUUUAGUAAAACAACUUUUACAUUGAGGGCGAUGCUGCUUUGGACCAUAAGUGAUUUCCCAGCAUAUGGAAAUCUUGUUGGUUGUAAAGUAAAGGGUAAGAUGGGUUGUCCUAUAUGUGGGAAGCACACAGAUAGUUUGUGGCUGAGUGAUAGUAGGAAGCAUGUAUAUAUGUGCCACCGAAAAAGUUUGUCUCCGUUACAUAGUUUUCGAGGAAAGAAGAGUUGGUUUGAUGGUAAAGCAGAGCAUGGAACAAAAGGGAGGAUACUCACGGGUAGAAAUAAUUCCUUACUACUGAGAAAGUACGAGAAUGAUUUUGUUAAUAGAAAAGAGACUGGGAAAAAGAGAUCUAGAGCUGCUUGUGACAUACCAUCUGAUAACGAAGAUGAAUACAGUGCAUCUAAUGAUGUAGAAGAAAACUUAGCAGAAAAAGAUGAAGAGGAGUUAUCUAGAUGGAAGAAAAGAUCAAUAUUCUUCACAUUGCCUUAUUGGGAGGAUGGAUUAAAAGCUAGGAAGGACCUCGAAAUUCUUGGUAUCAAGAAAUAUUUGCAUCCAAAAGCUCACGGAAGAGACGCCCGACUAGCUGGUCAUGUCAAUUUCCGAUGGAUGUAUCUAUUUGAGAGGUACAUGAAAGUAUUGAAAGACUAUGUUAAAAACCCAGCAAAACCAGAGGGGUGUAUAGCGGAGUCCUAUCUUGCAGAAGAACGCAUGAAGUUAUGCUUUGAUUUCUUGAAGACGACAACAAAUGUAGAAGAAAAAGAGGAGAGGAACACUGAUGUGAGCACGAGAUCGGUCACUCGGCCAUGA